UACUAAAACAAAUUUAGGGUCCAUGAGACGUGCCAUUUAGUCGACCGAAUCCAGAAUCACCCUUUCUUUAAUCCUCACACGCUUAUUCCCCUAUUUUCACGCGGUUAUAUCCAUCAUCAACAUCAUUCUAAAGUGGUCAUGAUAUUCCACCAAUUAGUUACUCAGCUCCUUCACAAUCAUUACUCUCAUUUCCCGGAGAAACCAAUGACCAUGUAUCAGACUCUCCUAAGUUUGUUCAUUCUCAUUUCCUUAGCUUCAUGCAUCAAUGCUCAACAAGAGUAUUCAGGAAAUUCAGUACUCAACUGUGACAACAGCGAUGACUCCGGUCCUUCUUCGGCUUUCCUUUACACCUGCAAUGGCUUAUACUCCUCCUGCCAGGCCUUUCUCAUCUUCAAGUCUGAACCUCCUUAUAAUUCAGUUCCAACUAUUUCAAUGCUCAUGUCUUCAAACCCAGGGGAGCUUGCUAGAAUCAACAGUGUGAAAACGCUCACUGUCUUCCCCACUGGAAAAGAGGUGAUCGUUCCAGUGAAUUGCUCUUGCUUAGGUCAGUAUUAUCAAGCCAACACCACGUUUCAUAUCCAGGAUAACCAGCAAACAUACUUUAUAAUAGGGAACAACACAUACCAGGGAUUAUCUACAUGUGAUUCUCUAAUGCGGGCAAAUCGUUAUAGUGAAUUCAGCUUGUCACCUGGCCUUGAAUUGCAUGUACCACUUCGAUGUGCUUGUCAUACAGAGCAUCAAGCAGAAAAUGGAACGAAGUAUCUACUGACUUACUCGGUCAGCUGGGAGGAUAACUUUCCGACUAUUGGUGAAAGGUUCAAUGUCAGUGCAAAGAGUAUAGCGGAUGCAAAUGGGUUAAUCUCAGAAGAAAACCCAACAAUUUUUCCUUUCACAACAAUUCUGAUUCCCCUGAAAACUGAACCCUUGAGCUCACAGACCAAAACUCACGCUACUCAACCAGUACUCGAUCCACCUCCGCCCACUUCUGAUUCUGGGAGCAGUAGAUCCAAGAGAAGAAUCUACUUGGGUGCUGGAAUUGCUGCAGGUUGUUUUUUGCUGGGCCCCAGUGUCAUUUUCUCCAUUGUCUUCCUAUUUUACAAGAAGAGAUCAAAGAAGGUUCCUCCGGUUCAUGGAAAAACAAAAAGUGUAUUGCCAGAAGAUCUUCUUGUUGAAAUCGCUAGUGUUGAUCCAGUCCCGAAAGUGUUUGAAUUCAAGAAAUUAAAGAAGGCCACCGGGAAUUUCAGUUCCAAGAGUAGGAUAAAAGGUUGUGUCUUUCGUGCAGAGCUGGGCAGGGAAAUCGUAGCAGUUAAAAAAAUGAAAGUGGAUAUAUCGGAGGAAGUGAACAUUCUGAACAAGCUCAACCACUGCAAUUUGAUAAAGCUGCAUGGUGUCUGCAAGAAUGGAAGCUGUUUCUACCUUGUAUUCGAGUACAUGGAAAAUGGUUCUUUAAGAGAAUGGCUUCACAAAGAAAGCUCCAACCAUAGUCAGAGCUGGAGCAAGAGGAUCCAGAUUGCCCUAGAUGUUGCUAAUGGCCUUCACUAUAUUCAUAACUUCACCAAGCCUGCCUAUGUGCAUAAGCACAUCAAGAGUAGCAACAUUCUAUUAACCAAAAAUCUGAGAGCCAAGAUUGCGAAUUUCAGCCUCGCAAGGACAGCAGUGAAGGGAGCAAAGACCCAUGCCCUGAACAUGCUUGUUGUUGGCACUAGAGGCUAUAUGGCACCUGAGUACAUAGAGGCAGGGUCAAUAACUCCCAAGGUUGAUGUCUAUGCUUUCGGAGUGGUGAUGUUGGAGCUGAUUACUGGAAAAGAUGCCGUCAUAAUACAGAAUGAAGAGGAAGUACUGCUUUCAGAAGCCAUGAUUUCCAUCAUGGAGAGGGGAAAUGCAGAGAUCGAGCUUGGUCACUUUCUUGAUCCUUGUCUCCUAGGAAAUAAUGGGAUUGAAUCUGCCACGAGGAUUGCAAAACUAAGCAUAGCCUGCUUGACAAAAGAUCAAGCAAGAAGACCAAGCAUGGGUGAGGUAGUGUCAACCCUGUUGAAGAUUCAAGUGGACCAACAGAAGUCAGAAAUGCAGUUUGACUAGUUUGCUUAGAUUAUUAUUAUGGGGGUGUUAAGCCUGUUGGAGUGAUUCCAUGUAAUAAUAUUUUGUAUAUAUAUCAUAAAAGUCAAGCAGGAAUAACAGUCCAGCCUAAUUUUGAUA